AUGGUGAAGCAGAUGCGCGGCGUGCCCGGGGUGACACCGGUGCGGUUGGAGGAGGCGAUGCGGGUGCGCCACUGCGCGCUGUCGCUCGUCGGGGAGCCGAUCAUGUACCCGGAGAUCAACACCUUUGUCGACCUGCUGCACGAGCAGGACAUCUCCUCCUUCAUGGUGACGAACGCACAGUUCCCGGAGCAGCUGCGCGAUCUGAAGCCGGUGACGCAGCUGUACCUCUCCAUCGACGCGCCAACGCCGGAGGAGCUGAAGCGUGUCGACCGCCCGCUGUUCGAGGACUAUUGGGAGCGGUGCCUGGCGUGUGUGCGCGAACUGCGGCGCAAGCCGCAGCGCACCGUGUUUCGCCUGACGCUGGUGAAUCAGUACAACACGGAGAAUGUGGCCGCCUACGCCGACCUCGUGCGCCUCGGCUGGCCGGACUUCAUUGAGGUGAAGGGCGUCACGUACUGUGGCACGAGCACCACCUCGACGCUCACGAUGAAGGAGAACGUGCCACGCCAUGUGGAGGUGGUGCGCUUCUGUGAGGCACUCUGCGAGGCGCUCGCGUCAUGCGCCGUGCCGAAGGACAAGGACACGUGGCUGAGCACUGAAGCAGAGGUCUCAACAGCAGCAACAGAAGAAGCAGAAGCAGGGGACGAUGCUGUCGCAACCGAAACAGAGGCAACGACGGCCGGAGCAGAGGGUGACGCGGCAGCAGCAGCAGCAGCACGGGCUGGAUCCAGUCGGCCGUACAACAUUGCCUGCGAGCACGAGCACAGCUGCUGCGUCCUCAUCGCCCUGCGCCGCUUCCGCGUGAAUGGCGUGUGGCACACGUGGAUCGACUACGACAAGUUCACUGCGUUGGCGCGCAGCGGACGUCGCGAUUUCACGGCGGCCGAGUACGCGGCCCCAACGCCGUCGUGGGCGGUCUUCUCCUCGGAGGAGAAGGGCUUCGACCCAACGCAGGUGCGUGUGCGGCGCAAGGGCGGCAACCCAACCGUCGUGACAUCCGGCUGCUAA